AUUAUUUCACAGGAUGAUGUCUGUGGUGCUCUGAGGAUGACCGUAACGUAGCAGGGUUGUUCUCACGCGCUGUUAUGACGCAGAUCCGUAGCGACGUCUCUCUGUGUCUGGAUGAAACACUCCUGCAUCCCGCUGCUUACGGACUCACGCAUUAAACAAACCCAGACACACAAAAAGGACCACAGUGGGAACCUAACAACCUGUAAAGCCGUGUGAGGCAACACGUCCGACGGGAGCGCGCGGCUGCCGCGGGUCCGGAGGAGGGCGGCUCGCGCAUCUGUUGCCUGGGUGAAUUGUUGACCACGUUAGCAUCUAGCUAGCUAGCAGCAGGUUCUAACAAUAGGCUUGACAGCUAAAAUUACGACCGUCGUGUCACGUUUGUGAUCGGCAGUGAUCAAGUUUAGAUUUUUUUUUAUUUUAAACUGAAUAUCGUGUCAUGCAGGCGGUAAUACACAACAUAAAGAUGAACUUAAAUGUGCAGGAAUGAUUCUCUUACGAGGCUAAGGAGCUAGCAGGCUGAGGCUAUGCGGUUGUUGCAGCAGAGCGGACCUGCAAUGCCUCCUGACUGAAAGUAUUGUGUUUCUGUUGAAGCGGAAGAUCUGUAAAAUAGGUAAAUAUGACGGGUGUGUGGGUUUUCAUAGCCAGCUAGAACACCACGCAGACAAUGGAGUCUUUCCUGCAGAUAGCUCCGCAUUCUUUGGCCAUAGUGCUGGCCAGGGUCGGGGCUGGGGAGGCGUCAGGUGCGGCUGCCGUGUCGGAGAGCGACGAGCUGCCCCGACACCACACCGGGUAUGAGAUUUUUGCCGAUUUCAAAGCGGAGAACUCCCAGCAGCACGUGUGGAACCAGCGGGUUACCGAAGCCGUGUCUGAGACCUUCUUCCUGGGCUGGAUCGAUGAGCACGUGCUCCUGAUCCAAGGCAAAGAGGACCACCUGGAGGUGCUGAGGGAGGGCUGGAUGCGGAGGUCCCUCAACCCGCCGCGGGGCUUCACCAUCAAAUACCUGGGUGAUGUAUCCCCUAUCAGCAUGUCACCCAUCAGUCAAUCCCAAUUUAUCCCUCUGGGAGAUGUUUUGCUAUUGGCAAUCUCUGCUAUCAACUCUGCCCAUAAACCAGUCACUCAGGAAGCCCUAAUGGAACACCUGAAGACAUGUUUUCCAGGUGUGUCCAUGCCAACAGAGGAGACUGUGCAACACACACUUAGUAUGCUGGUCCAUGAGCGAAAGAUCUACCCAACUUCUGAUGGCUAUUUCAUUGUUACACCUCAAACCUAUUUCAUUACUCCAAGUUUAAUCCGAACUAGCUCCAAGUGGUACCACUUAGAUGAGCGAUCAGCUGACCGACACCAGCAUCAGAAACAACAGCAGCAUCAACAAACUCAAUGCACCUCCCCUCUUUCUGGCACCAUAACCCUAUCUGCCUCUGGGGUGCUGCGAGAUCGAACACUCCCAAAGCCCACACAGAAUCACUCUGCAGUAGGUGAAGAUUGCCUUCAUAUCAGCAGUUAUCGUGCAGAUGACCCACCUAGCCACCACACUACUCUGCAGCGUCGAUCUCCUAAAGACCACAAGGAGGUGUUCUCAUCACAGCACUCCUCGCAAACACCUCCUCAGCAAACAGGAGGCAGCACAGAAAAGAGUCGCAGUACUCUUGGGUUUUCAUUUAAGGUGGACACACUCACAAAGCACAGAGGAGGUGUUGUUGGGGGAGGAGGAAUCGCUGACCUAGAAAAACAAGCAGUUGGAAGUGGUACAGGAGGGCGGAAGUUUGGUUUGAAGUUGUUUCGUUUGAGUUUUAAAAAGGAUAAGGCAAAGCAGCUGGCUACCUUCUCUGCACAGUUCCCCCCUGAGGAAUGGCCACUCCGUGACGAAGAAGAACCUUGCCACCUUCCGCGACAUGUAGAAAUGGAGAUUAUACGUAGAAUUAACCCUGACCUUACAGUGGAAAACCUUGCCCGGCAUACAGCAGUCAUGAAGCGACUUGAAGAAGAGCGGGCUCAGAGGAGCAAAGCGUCAUCAGCUAAUCAGAGCUCCAGGAGUAGAAGAAGUGGGGGCAAGCACAGAAGGCAAUCUCAACCCAAACCUAGCCGCUCACAGAGCAAGUCAAGGGCAUUCUGCUUUGAGCCAAGUGAUGGUUCUCACUUGGAGCAGGUUGACAGAGACUUCAGAGGUUACUCAUCUUCGCUGGUUCGAUUACCAAGAGAACAAGCCUUGGCCAUGGAGAGGCAAAGGGCUAGGCUUCAUCUUGCACAUAGCAUUCCCAAUAUUCUUGACUUUUCUCAUCUGCCGGUCACACCAGAGUGGGAUGUAUCUGGAGAGCUUGCUAAGCGACGCAUGGAAAUGCCUUUCCCUGAGCCAAGCCAUGGUCCAUCAGUGCAUCAUUCCAAAGUCCACCGCUCACACUCCCACACCCAGGAGAGAAAGUCUAGAAACGAACGCAGUAGCAAGGCCAAGGAACGUUCUAGAUCAAUGGACAACUCUAAAGGAUCAAUUGAUCCUGCAUUGAUUAAACCACCUGACUAUUAUGAUGAUUGCACUCCUUACUACAAUGAUGAGGGCACUCAGCGAGCCAAUCCAAACUCCUCUCACUACCCUCUUGCAACCGCUCUUACAUCUAAGGUGCCAGCAGAUUCUCUUGGUUUAGAUGGUGGCAGACACUUUGAAAAGAAAACGAGCAAGGACAGCUUGCCAGCCUACUCACCUAAGCCAAUGCUUACCUCCAACCCACCAGAUGAUUAUUUCCUGUGCUCUGGUAACUCUGAGGUUACUCACACAAAAGCAAACCUACUUGGAACUCUUAGCAAAACCAGCCAUGAAGGAUUAAAACCAAGCAUUACCGACAGGCAAACAGACAGACAUAUAUCCCACCCAGUAGAAAAUAAUGAGGACCUACCAAAGGUAGGGCAUAAAGGUAGCAGCCUGCCUCUAAUUCCUCUCGUUUUACCUGACCCUUCCAUUUCUAAUGGACAACCUCCACACAUGACUUCAACUGGACGGGAGAAACACAAGGAGCUCUUUAAUAAAGACACACUGUUCAAACCUCCCCCCAGCAUGUAUUUAUCUGGCUGUAGUUCCUUGAGAAAACCCACAAUUACUGCCUCAAUUACGCUUUCAUCAUCCUGUGAUGCUCUCGACUCGCACAAAGGCUUUGAUGCUCCCAAACCACUAGUGGCAACACCAUCUGCUUCUGCCCAGGGGAUUGAGCCAACAACCAGUGCUGCAGUGGCCUCUUUUGACUAUUACAAUGUCUCAGAUGAUGAUGAACUUGAGGAUGGGGAUGCAAAAGGUAGAGAUGAGGAAGAAAAAACAAAAGGAAGUGUUGCUGGACUAGAAAGACGUGAAGCGGGGACUAUGCAAUGGUUGUUGGAGAGAGAAAAGACAAGGGAUCUGCAUAGGAGGUUUGAAAGAACCCUUACCUUCUCUGGUCCUAAAGAAAACCACCCUGAGCCACAUCAGACCCAGCAAUCAGCCCACUCUGGUAGACUAGACAGUAUGGACUCCAGUUCGGUCACAGUUGACAGUGGAUUCAACUCACCCCGAACAAGAGAGAGUUUAGCAUCAAACACGUCUUCAAUUGUGGAACGAAAUCGACGUCAAAAUUUGGCACUGAGCCCUGGCCAUCUUGGACUCACCAGUGGAAGCGGGCCUCCUUUUUCUUUCCAUACCAUUUCGGAACCAACCAGCACCCAACCAGAGAAAAUCCAAAAGCCCAGUACUUGCCUAGCUUCAAUUACAAGUGUCUAGUGUUGGAGCUGUGUGAUAGUUGGAGUGCACAGCUGAUAAAACGUCCAGGAGCUCCAAGUUCCAUCACCUUGAAACAAACUGAAACAGAGGGGGGCUGUGAUGUUUCCUCUGACAUGACACUACCUACAUCAAUAAGAAACUGCUGUAUUUCUCAGUCUGUCUCUUUCUCUAGUUUAUAUAAAACAUAUAUACAUAAACACACACAAACACAUCAAACCACUGGGCUAGACUCUGACCAUGUCAUUCAACAAUCUGUAGUUUACACACUACUUAUCUUGCAUUGUUUUUUUAAGUGUGUGUGUGUGUGCGUGUGCGCGUGUGUGUGUGUGUGUGUGUGUGAAUUGCUAUUGUGUGUUAUCAGUUAUCUCAGGUUAUUUUAUUUCCAGUCCCAUUUGAAUUGCUCUAUAUCAGUGUAUUUCCUUUUGUUGGUGCUACACACUGAGGAGCUGCAGCUCUGCAUCCUUUUCUUACUGAUGGUACACAUCCUAGAACCCCAAUUCCCAAACUGUUAAGAUGUGUAAAAUAUGAAUAAAGUAGAAUGUAAGGAUUUGCAAAUCUCAUAAACCCACAUUUGAUUCACAAUAUAACAUUAUAAACAUAUCAAAUGUUUAAGCAGGUAAUUGCAAAGAAAUAUGGCUCUUUUAAAUUUGAUGGUAUUAACACAUCUCCAAACGUUUUGACAGGGCCAUAUUUAUCACUGAAGCAUCUCCCUUUCUUGUAACAAUAGUUUGUAAACAUCUAAAAACCUGAGAAGACCUUUUUUUCAGGGGAAAUACAGUAUAUUUGCCACAGCUUUUAGAUUUAUAUUAAUUUAAUAUAUAAAUGUGGUCACUCACCACACUAACAAUAGCCUAUAUCUUGUGCUAAAUAAAAAAAUGGAUGAAAUGAUGCUGCAACAGUUUGUGUUUCUGUCAUCUGUCACAGGACCCCUUAAUGGGGGUAGCGCAAGGAUGACAGUAAUUUUAAUACCCACAGAAUUGUAUUUGGUCGUUGCGUUUAGCCACUUCAGUACUGUCCCUCAGGGACCCAUUCAGCUUGAGGCACCUACCUACCUGCCUGUCGUAUCGCGAUUGCUCUGAUUGCAGGCUGCAAUUAAAUAAAGACCAUCUUGUACAGGAAACCUCAAUUUGGCUUAAAAUACAGACAUACUCAAAUUUGGUGAGACUAGCACCUUCCUGUCUCAAGUUAUGACUAAUAAUUUAUUUUCAUAAUAAAAAAUGGCAAUCUUAUUCCAGGCGGGUUAAGGCUGUUUCUACUGAACCAAAUUGUUACACAUCUCUCGUGCUGCAUUCAAAUUUGUUGCGGCUAGCACCUUUCUAUUUGUAUUUUAAAAUGUUAAUCGUUUCCCAUGCAGGUUAGGACUGUUUAGAUGUAGUCAAAUUAUUACAUAUCCCUCCACAUUUAAGGCGUUCAAAUUUCAUGCGGUUAGCACCUUCCUGUCUUGAAUUAUGACUAAACUGUUUAUAUUUAAAAAUAAUGGUGUUUCCUGGUCAUUGCAACCAAGCUACACAUCCCCCCAGCUGCCCAGUAUUCAUCCAGCCAAAUCAUUAUGGCUUCAAACUCCAUCCAACCACUCAUGCCUUAAACUCCACCCACAAAAAUUAAACAGACCCAUCAUGUCUUUGAGAAACUCCUCCCACAAAACAAGAGACUGCACAGACCCCCUUUUUACGGGGCUUUCUUGCAGUCUUUAAUAGUUUAGAUACCACUACAUCUUUUUUGUGUAAACCUUAGAUAAAAAUGCGUAAAGCAGACAGGACACUAUGAUACCUGCCAUCAAAUUCAAACUCAUGUUUUCCUAAACAUCAUAUAGUUACUUUGUUUAAACAUUUUACGUAUUACUAAGUUUCAUUAAGAAUAAAAUAUAGGUUUGUGAAGUUGAAAUUUUAUUUACAUUUCACAUAAAGUUCCAAUCUUUUUGGAAAUGGGGUUACUAAUUAGUUCCUUCAGUUCUGUCUAAACUUUGCCACUUCCAGAUAGCCUUUGAGGCAUUUAUUUAUUUAUUUAACAUUUGUUUUGUCCCCCCCAAGUUAUUUUUUAGAAUUUUGUCUAUUGUGACAUUAACAGUGGUCCAAAAAGCAUCUUAUAUCCUUAUAUGGGUGUUCAUUUUAUUACUCACUGUUACACUUUGGCCCAGAUUUACUAAUAAAUUGCACCAAAACAGAAAGUGCAGUGACAGGUUUGCAGCGCUAAGGUGUGGACCAUCAUUGUUGUCAGCUGUCCAUCUUGUAUUUGUAGCUAUUUUCCUUUUUAAAGUCUAAAGUUUUGGGAAACAAAUAUUUAAAUAAACAUUUAAUGUGAUUUACUAAGA